GCCUGACGGCACCCGGGCCCCCCUGGAGAUCGUGCUGCUGGACAAGGUGUCCAAUGGCUUCCCUGGGGUCAUCCAGCUCCUGGAGUGGUUCGAGCUCCCCAACGGGUUCCUGUUGGUGAUGGAGCAUCCGGAGCCGUCUCAGGACCUCUCUCGCUUACUGAGGGCGUGGGGGUUCCUGCCGGAGGAGAUGGCGUGGGGGCUGUUCCGCCAGGUGCUGCAGGCCGUGCGGCACUGCACCAGCUGCGGUGUCCUGCACCGGGACAUCAAGCCCCAGAACAUCCUCCUCCACCUGGCCACCGGCGAGGCCAAGCUCCUUGACUUUGGAUGUGGCACCUUCCUUAAGGACACGGUCUACACCCAGUUUGCAGGUGAGCCCACAGCCGGGGGAUGCUCCUGGUGCCGGGCACUGCAUGGCCGAACACUGUCAUACAGCCCGCCAGAGUGGAUCUACCUCAAGCGCUACCACGGCGAGGAGGCGACCAUCUGGUCCCUGGGCAUCCUGCUCUACCAGAUGGUCUGCGGGAAGCACCCUUUCCGCAAAGGCCCCAACACCAUCUGGGACCAGCUCCCGUUCCCAGCACGGGUCUCUCCAGGGAGAAUCGAUGGAGAAGUUUGGGCACAGCUCUGA